AUGCCCCGACUCGAACUGAGGUUUUUAUAUCCGGAAGAGACUGACAGAGAUUACUCCAUUGAUAACUUGGUACAAGAUUUCGACAAGUAUGUCAAUCAUGUUGUUCAAUUACAACAACGAUAUAAUGAUAAGGAUGGAAUGAAGAUAAUACUUGGUUUUGAAGUGGAGGGUAUAGACGACCCGCAUAUUGAAUAUUCCCAAGCUUUACUAGCACGUAAUCCCUCCAUCCAGAUGAUGGUUGGAUCAGUGCAUUUCGUACAUCAGAUUCCCAUAGACUUCACUCCUGAGUUAUGGCAAAGGGCGAGAGAAGCAACUACCGAGAAAACCACUAGAGCGUUGUUUAGAGAUUACUUUGCCUUGCAAUAUCGGGUAAUUUCCGGUUUGAAACCAAUGGUGGUGGGUCAUUUUGACUUGAUUCGUCUAUUGCUUCCUGCGGAUGAUAUAGAUACCACGACAGGAAAACUCACCUCCGAAGUCAACAUAGAAGCCGAAUGGCCCGAGGUUUGGGACUUGAUAGUACAAAACAUCGAUUGUGUCAAACAGUAUGGUGGAUUAUUUGAGUUGAACUCGUCAGCAUUGAGAAAAGGAUGGGAUACUUCAUACCCUAAACGCGACAUUGCUGAUGCCAUUGUGAAAUAUGGUGAUGCUAGGUUUUGUCUUUCUGAUGAUGCUCAUUCACUUACACAAAUUGGUAUCCACUACGACAAGACUUGGAAGUAUGUAAAGUCACUAGGAGUAGACAAGAUAUAUUGUUUGGAGUUGACCGACGAGAACAGAGUCAAAGCAGUCACCAAAGAUAUAGCUUCACUAGACAAGUCUUCCUUUUGGAAGCAGUAUAUAUAG